UUGCGUCAAUGUGGCAGGGCGACCUUGUGUGUCGGUGCAGGUGAAACACUCUGCCUCUCUCCUGCAGCUAGGGCGACUCACACUCACAGUGAUGUUGCAAUCUCCCAGACUGUUAUAUUCAGCCACAUUGUGACCCAGCCUGCAUUCCACCGAGACACAGCACACACACACUCUCUCUACCAGUUACUGCAACUUUUUUUUUGCCAAACAGGGCCAACUUGUCCUUCCAGGCUUCGCCUACAUCCCAUUGUUACCCCAAGGGGGACUCCGGGCUAAAGUUUGCAAUGCACCCGUUCGCUUGGACCGUAUCGGUGCAUCCGUGAGCACUUCUGCUGAGCUGAGCCGAGCUGGGAUCUUCUCCAGGACUCGCCGCCUUCAUUCUGGGAUCUGGGGGAACUCAGUGAGGGAAGAGCAGAAGUCGGGGGAUAGAGCCCCCUCCUACCACCCUCCCCAUUUCAUCACAAAGCUCCGAAGUUGGUGGAGACGGAUGGUUUGGACUUGCGCGAACUCAUUCUGUGGCCGUCUGUUUGAAUGAGGAAUGUAAAGGCUGGUUAACGCUCUGGAUAUUGGAGUCUUCUCCCGCUCUAGAAGAAGAAAGAACUUUGUUUUUUUCUCCCCUUGCUGUUUGGAAUCAUCUUCCCCCCACCCCCCUCCCCCCCUUACUCCCUCUUGCUUCUCAGACCGAGCGGCUUUAUUUGUUUUUAAUGAGUUUAAACGUGCAGAGGGCGAGCCCCAUCCCGAUCCUCCGCAGCGGCCGAUGGAGGCAGAAGCGGCUGGAAGCCGACGAGCCGGCCGCCAAGUGCCCGCGGCUCAGUGACUCUCCCCCGGACAGCGGAUACCUCCCAUCCCCGUGCUCCCCGAGUCCCACCGAGAGCUGCCCGUGCCUCUCCCCGGCCUCGGCUCGGAUCGGUAACUACAUCCUGCUGCAAAACCUGCAAGACAAAGACAAUGUGUUCAGGGCCAUCGAGAGCCACACCGGAGAGGAAUUCGUGUGCAAGGUUUUUGACAUUCGGCGCUACAGAGAUGAAAUCGGACCAUAUCUGCAAAUCCCAGCCCACGAGAACAUCACGGCAAUCGAGGAGAUUCUCUUGGGGGAGCGGAGCUGCUAUGUGUUUCUGCAGAAGGGCUAUGGGGACAUGCACCUGUACAUGAGGAGCUGCAAACGGCUGGGCGAGGAGGAGGCAGCUCGGCUCUUCCAGCAGAUUGUCUCCUCAGUCGCUCAUUGCCAUGAUUCGGGCAUAGUCCUUCGAGACCUCAAGCUCAGGAAAUUCGUCUUCGCUGAUGAACAGAGGACCAGGCUGAGGCUGGAGAGCCUGGAGGAUGCUCACAUCCUGAGAGGGAUGGACGAUUCCCUGUCCGAUAAGCACGGAUGUCCGGCCUACGUGAGCCCGGAGAUACUGAACACCAGCGGCUGCUACUCGGGCAAGGCGGCAGAUGUCUGGAGCCUGGGUGUCAUGCUGUACACGCUGCUGGUGGGACGCUACCCUUUCCAUGACUCGGACCCCGGCGCCUUGUUCAGUAAAAUCCGGCGCGGUCACUUCUGCAUCCCGGACAGUGUGUCGCCCAAAGCCAAGUGCCUGAUCCGCAGUUUGCUGAGACGGGAACCCCCGGAGAGACUGGCCGCCGCUGAUAUCUUGCUGCACCCCUGGUUCCGAGCCGCCGCCUCCUCCUGCUCCUCCUCCUCCUGCUCCUCCUCCCAGCAGCUGCAGACCGAGCAGGAGGGUCAGAACUCCGACCAGACCGUCCCCCAACUGGAGAGCGAACCACAGCAAGGCAGCCCCCUCCUCUGCUGACCUCCCUGCAAGACUUCUGUUCUUUCAACCAAACAAAUCCCAACCCGCCCGAAGAAAAGCCCGAGCUCCCACUCCCCCUCUCCCCCAGAAGGAUCUUUCCCAGACCAAUCUGGACUGGUCUGAAAUGGGCAUUGAAAUCCUUCCUUCGGGUAGAAGUUUAUUUUUCCCAGCAACAUGAGACGCUCACCUUCACACACCAUCCCCACCCCCCCAGUUUAAGACCAGUUCAGAUAACACAGCCAAAAACCUCAGUUUUGUGUUCCGGAGUUUUUCGUUUAAAAUUCACCACAUCGUCCCUCUGAUCUAUUUAUUGAUUUGAAGAUUUAUUUAAAAGGAAGCAAGUGCAGUCACUUUAACUUAUUAUAUUUGUGUAACAUUGAAAUUGUUAUGAAUUUUGCUAAUUUCUGUAUAAUUGGUUGUCUUUUUAAAAAAGCACAACUUCCCUCUUGAGUCCAGGUUCUUUGCAAACAUGAGAUGGUCUGUAGGCUUCUGUUGCCCUUUGGGCCUCUGUAGGUGAGCUGGUGAUUGAGAUGAUCUUACUACAGCCCUAGGCCAUGUAUUCCCAGUGAAGGAACUUCGUUACUGAACAAUAGCGACGCUGGAAUCUUUGGCGUAGUCAACAAGCAUGGAACCACAGCCUUUACCAUUAAGCUCUAUUGCUGACUCAAAGCAUAUUGUCCAACUAAUGUCAAUAAUAUAACUUGGCAAUGUGCAGGGGUACCGUGUCUCUGGAGGAUGCUUUCUAGCUAUGCAUUAUACAGCAACCAUUACUAUAUUGUGUUAACCUAUUUAAUAAAUGACAGGAUGUCAGUUCAAGGCAGCUACACAAAUAGCCAGGAAUCAGAUGACAUGGGUUUAGCAUUUGAGCUGUGCCUUUUGGCUUUCUGAUGUUGUCUGGCCCCACUGACUUUACUGUCUUGGUUAACUAUUCCAUGAUGCAUACAAGAUCAUUCAUUAUUAUACAAUAAAAGAUUGCAUUAUUUUUCAGUGAAGCACUUUGUUUUGUCAGCCCAUAUGAUUGCAUUAAAUGUCAGAAUAUUGUAAACUUCCUUCUUGUCAAAUAACUCAAACAGCUAAUCUUAUUUGUCAAGAUGACAAAAAAUUAUUUGGGAAUAAUUAGCAUCUGGUAAACAUCAGAUGGUAAUAUUUACCAAUGGAAAUGUAAGGGUUGCUCAGAUGCAUUAGAAAAAAAGUUAACAUUGUUUCGGAUGUAAUGUACUUUCAGAAUUUGGAUUCUUGGCCCAGUGUGGCACAGCCUUUUAACGCACUCCCAGUUAUCGGUUAUUAACUGUGUAAUCGUGACAUUGUACUAGAGUGUGGUGUUGUACACCACAGGUGUUCAGGUAAACCCUGAACCCAAGUAACCUUUUCUGAUCUACAGACCAGACAAAUACUACUUUCAGGCUUGGAGCUAUGUUAUAGUCAAAAAAGUACAGACAUCACACAAAUGAAGCUAACAUUUGUGAAAACAGCCAAAAUAUUGCCUUGUCCAUUGCUUUUUUAGAUGUUGCUUACCACUUCAAAAAGUGAUGGAGCUGCUGUGAGCCCCUGUAUAGUCAAUGAUACCAAAAUGACUUCCCUGAUAUUGCCACGUCCCCACAGAAACCUUCAAAGUAGGACUUUUUAAAUGCAAGUCUGUUAAAAGGCACAUUUGUCGAAACAAUAAGGAGGCACAUGUUUAAAAAGUGCAGAUUAAAAAGCACUGGUGUUAUGUACUCAUUACCCAUGACCACUUCAAAACGUUGUCAAACUAACAAUACCUUGACUGUAUUUUCACUGUUGUGAAGCAUCACAGAAGCACCCAAGUUAUGCCUGAAUAUGUUACACACUUGAUCCUCAGUUAGAAGGUGACCGCUGUUAUUAUUGAUAUGUCUCCUUUUUUUGUGUUUGUAGAGUAAAUUUGAAGAUAUUGUUUUCUAAAUGUGCAUCCAUUCAAGAACUCAUUAAUUAGUUUUUCAGAUUUUCAAAUGAGGUCACCAACUGCAGGGGUGAAGCCAAAGGUAACAGCAGGAAGAUCACGCUCGAGUUAGAUGUUGCAUUUUUCAUUAACUACUGUGUAUGUUUUGUUAAUACCUCAUGUAAAGUGGACAGGUAAUCAGUGUCUUGUCUUGCAUUUUUUUCAGACAAUAUUGUAUUGCUGUUGUGUUAAAGAUCAGUGUAAAUGUGAAUUAUUACAAGCAAUAUUAUAAGAAAAUCAUGAGGUUUAAGGGACAGUGACAUUUUUCUGUUGCACUGAUGCUCUCAUGGUUGGUAAACUUAUAGUAUCUAUGAUACAAGUUUAGAAAGAUAAAACUACUGGGAAAUGCAACCCAAACUGGCAGCAAUGCCCUGCUGAAGAAUAUGAAACACUAUUUUAGAAAUGUAAAUAUGUGAAAAUGUACAGAUGUAAAUGAUCUUACAGCAAUAAAAGCAAAAAUAUCUGAACCAAUAA